UGCCACUGGCACCACAUGGCAGGCUGCGCUCAGAUACGUAUUUCCAGAUGCAUCAAGCUCAAACCAGCGGAACUUUAUCCGACUGGAGGUGCUGCGUUGAAUAAAAGCAGACGGCUUCCUCUGAUCGGCUAACCAGCGCGCCGUCUGCAGAGGGUUGAUUCUCCAGUCUUGCGCCUUCAAACUCCCCACUCCUUACAAUGGCCUCUUCGAACCACUCCGCCCCCGAUGUCACCACUGGAGCUAACGGGAAUGUUGCUUCUGUCCACGGAAAUGGUGUCGAUAUUAAUGGAGAGGAUACCAAUGAGGUUAUUGGGGCUCAAGGUUCCUCUGAAGCUCAGCCUUCUUCAUCAGCUCAGAAUACCGCCGCAGGACAGCAAGUGAACGGAGCUCAGCACCCUCUUGUACCCGAACCGUCACGUUGCCCUUACCACGCUCCGAUUCUGGAGCUCCGCCCACCUCGCAGCCCGACCGAAAACAUGAGCCCCAUGGAGCGAUACAUACAUACGCCCUCAAAUGAGCUUCCCAUAGCGCUCUCUGGAGAUGGUUCUGUUGGGAGCUCAGUUUCCGCCGGAUGUACGUGCGGACAGACUACUUCAGGAACCAGGAAUGUUUCGUCCACGGACUGCAAUCAGCGCGGUUAAUGCUAUAGUCAAGGCUUACCUAUGGCCAGGCCGUGCUUGGGGGAAUUUUCGACGAAGAACG